GGGGGAGGGGGGGAGGGGGGGGACGGGCACAGCUACAGCGCUCUGUCCCUGAAAAAGCGCAGGAAACGCCCGGACAGACGGUGGAGGGUGAGGCUGGUGAUGCUGCAGUGCUAUUUUAUUUCAAUUGGCAGUAUAUUGGGAACUGGAAUACUGGGGUUGCCUGUCACAAUCGCUCACGCUGGAUUGCAACCAUUUUUGGUUUCAUUCGUGAUUGGGUUCUUCAUGCAGGUGCUUCUGAUUUAUUUGUUUGUGGAUUUACUGCAACGAUGUCGUGUGGCUCAAGCUGAUUCUGUGAAGGCGGAAAGAAUUCUAAUGCAAGAUGUGAGCGAUCAAGACAACAUUCCAAGUCCUGUGGAAGAAGAUGAAGAAACUGAAGAUGCAGGCCAUGUGUUACUGCACCAAGCAAUUGAAGCCGAUCAUUGUGAGGAAGAACAAGUGCCAAACCUGCACAUUCUGGGUGUCCUUUUCCUCCACAAGUACAUGAGCUACGCUUUCAGCCUCCAUCUGAUGCUGCAUUUCAUCUCAAUUGGGAUCAGCUAUGUCCUGGCUGGCAGUGAGGCCUUUGCCGAACUUUUGCAAAUCAGGUAUCUGCACGUCAUCCCGUUCUUCACCUGGAUCCUGGUGCUGGGUAUUAUCACAGCUCAAGUUGUUCUCCAGCCAAUUAUGUCCAUUUUGACGCUUGUGAAAGGAUCGUUUUUAAUCCUCACAGUAAUUGUCACCUUUGUUGUGGGCUCAGAAGUUCAUCAAGAAAUAAGCAAUGAUUUCUCCAGCAUUGGCACUCCCUUCCUGAUGGGGACUGUCGCACUGGGAGGAGUUGUAAAUGUGAUGCCAAUGUUAUUUUCUGAGAUUUCACAGAACAGAUGCCAGGUUUUGUGGUUCCGGCGAGCUAUCAUCGGAGGACUUACAACUUGUGCAAUCCUCAAUAUUUUUUGGUGUUGGGCUGUAUUGAACAUUGUUCCUCAGACAUCCACAAGAAAAGUUUUACUUGAUGGAAGUGUGAACACCAGUAGCCAUAUACCUCCUGCCUAUAGAGUCAUCUACUUCAAUAUAUCCUUGGAGGACUCAGAAAUGGCAGGAGAAAUAGCCACACUCCCUCUCACCAAGAUUAUAAUGGAACAGUACAGUAGGUUUGCCUGGGUAGCCUGGCUCACAGAGAUCUUCAUCGCUGUCAGCAUUACUGUUUCCUUCCUCGUGCUUGGAUCUACAAUGAAACAUACAUUGGAAGGUUGGGUGGAUUCAUUCUGGAGCAGGAGGUGUGACAGUGCCUCUGAAUACUGCCCCCGGCUCCAUAAGAUGUGGAGUUUGAAAAGUAUGACAAAGAUGUGUGUCAGUCUGUUGGCCUUCACCGUUAUUUUUACUGUGGCUGUGUCUGAUUCAAAGGGAUUUGUUGUGGUGCUUGAUAAAGUUGCAUCAUUCGCUUUAAACCUUGAAGCUGGUUUAUUUAUUUUCCUAAUGCUGCGGAAUUGCCAGUCAGAGCCAUACAAACAUAUCAUCGUGCCUUUGACCACAAGCCCCAGAGUAUUUUCAUUACACUGGCUUCUCCCAAUUUAUUUCCUCUUUGCUGUGGGUUAUGACAUUGAGGAGUCAUUGGUUCUGAUGGCCCAGAGUUGGACUCACACACAUUUAAUAUCAGCCAAUGCUACAGCAAACCCAUAGCCAUAGGUCUUAAAAGACUGGGUUGUCAGAUGUAUCUUUGUGUUGAGACAUUAAGCUAUAUGAAAUGCUUUUGCAUUUCAGGAAGAUCUUUAAUAAGAGUGACAAUUUCAGGUAAUGUGAUGUGUUUGGAGGCUAAACAUCUUUUCAGUCACAUCAAGUUCAAAAAUAAUUGAUAUGCUACUGUUUUUAAUGUAAAAAUGUGUACAUUUACACCAUAGGAAAUGCAAGCAGUAUCAAACUAUUUUACUGUUCCUGAACUUAGUUCAGCUGUCAAGGGUCAAAUUAAUUGUAGAACAACGCAAUUUUUCUGUACGUAUUUGGGAAGAAGUCUGAAAUCACUUUACAGGAUUUACGGUAAAGUAUAAUGAAUAUGUUGUAGGCAAACGUGAUAACCAAUAAUGCACACAGCAAUGUUCCAUAAACAGCAUGAAGCAAAUGUUCAAUUUUAUGUAGGGGAUUCAAGGCCAGGACACUGGGAAAAACUCCUCUAUCUUACCGUUUUAGCAGAUCAUUUAUACCAUACCAUAAAUUUACUUCCCACACACACUGUUGGAAUUUAUCUCAAUUACCCUGAAAUCUAGCCAUAGAUAUUAAUGCCUUAUGCAAAUGUACAGCUCCAUGAAAAUAUAGAUAAGACCAAAGUGUAUUUAGUGCUAGCUAACACAUCAAAUUAAUGUGAAUUGGGACUUUGUGGAAAAACAAGAGUUGCUAUGAGAUUGCAGUGCAAUGAGAAUUCAAUUAAAUCUGCAUAAUGGCAUGAAGUACCAACUCUGCACCUACACGUAAUCGAGGAGGAACCCAAAUAAAUUAUGUAUCAAAUUUAUAAGAAAUUGCCUUUGAAUUCAGCCAAAAAUGGCAUUUUCAUGUCGGAAGGACAUCCCAAGGCGCUG